AUGAUUUGGACUAAACAAUUUUUCUCUGAUGUGCAGGAGAUGUAUCCUCAACAUGGUGCCGUGAUGGCCCCCCCUCAGAAGCCCGAGACCUUCAUGUUGUCCAGUGAAGCUCAGCAAAGUCUGCCUCAAGAUGCCCAGGUUGCUCUGCAGCAAGUAGAUAACCUCAAAUAUUUCUUAAUAUCAGCCCCAGUCGACUGGAGUCCUGAUCAACUUAUUCGACGCUUCCUCCUUCCAACGGGUGAUUAUAUUUCUUGUGUGCUAUGGAACAACCUUUUCCAUAUCUCCGGAACUGACAUUGUUCGAUGCCUGUCAUUCCGCUUCCAAGCUUUCGGACGCCCCGUCAAGAAUUCAAAAAAGUUUGAGGAGGGCAUUUUCUCUGAUUUGCGCAACCUAAAAUCAGGCACUGAUGCUUCACUCGAGGAACCGAAGAGCCCCUUUCUCGAUUUUCUCUACAAGAACAACUGCAUUCGCACACAGAAGAAGCAAAAGGUUUUCUACUGGUACAGCGUUCCACAUGACCGCCUGUUCCUGGAUGCUUUGGAGCGCGACCUGAAAAGAGAGAAAAUGGGUCAGGAAGCUACUACAGUGGCUGUCGCAGAGCCAGCUCUUUCCUUUGAGUUUGACUCGUCGCAGUCACUGUAUGAACAGCUCACCAAGGCACAACAAGCCAAUUCUUCAUCCUUUUCUGCUCACGCAAGUACAACAUAUGGCCAGCCUACCUCCCCCAUCGUUCGCUCCAUUGACGUUAUGCCUCCACCGCAGAUGGCCCCGUCCACGAUGACGAUGCUCCCGGAGGACACUGGCAGUUCAGUUCUGUACAACCAGGUCCCGAUGGCAAUGAAACGGGAGAACGACUACGCCCAGAUUCAGUAUGAACGAAGCACCAGUAUCCCAUUCAAUCGCUUACACCAACGCCAUGCGUCUAUGCCUUCCUACAUGGAAUAUUCGCCUGCUCCGUCGUUUGUUUCAUCUCAAUUUGAAGAUUAUAGCAACCGAGGCAUCUCAUUUGAACCAAUUACGCCUCCUCAGCAGCCUAUGCUCGGCGCUGAGCCCGCAUAUAUUGCCAACGAAGAGACUGGUCUCUACACAGCUAUUCCUGACGUCGGGUCUGCAGCAUAUCACCCUAUGAUGCAAUUGCCGCCUUCAAACUUUGCAAACCCCCUCGGCGCGACCUCUCGUCAUUUCCAGGCAAAUGUUUUCUCCGUGAUAGAGGGAUCACCCACCUACAAGCAACGCCGGCGUCGCUCCUCGAUCCCACCCGGCAUCACCAACGCCAUUGCUGCAGCCCAGGUUUCGGGCGCGCAGCCACAACCAACCAGCUACGCUGCAUAUAGGCCAAGUGACCUGCGCCGUUCUAUUUCAAAUUCUGUAGGCCCCGUCACAGAAAUCACAGACUCAAAUGACCAAUCUGCUGCUGGGUCCCUGCAAAGUGAUUAUACAUCGACCGUUGCAUCGCAGAAGAAUAUGCUUCACGAAGUUUCACGUACUGGCACCCCACUUCCUAGCCUGGAAGAAGGUGUUGAGCACUCCCACACCAUGAUGCAACAAUCUCAAGACGAGCUAGCUAGUCUUGGGAAUCAGGAUUCGAUCGACAUUUCUGUUCCUCACAGUCUAUUGGGCCGAUCCGAUCGACCCGGCCCUGUGCGUCGUGCCAGGAGUGCCACAAUGAUGGAGUUAGGGCCAUAUCCACAAAAGUCACAUUCCUGCCCUAUUCCUUCUUGUGGACGCCUCUUCAAGAGGUUAGAACAUCUGAAACGGCACGUGAGGACCCAUACACAAGAAAGACCCUACCCUUGUCCAUACUGCAACAAGGCCUUUUCUCGUUCAGACAACCUUGCCCAACAUCGCCGGACCCAUGAGACUCAGCAGGAUGGCCACAACUCACAGCAAUCACUGAGCGACGACUUCUUAGAGAAUGAAGAAAAAGAAUUUGGUUCGCUCGAAGAAGAGUCACCAGGCUCGGAUUCUCACAGUUUCAUCCACCCGAGUGUCGUUAGCAUGUCCACUAUGACACCCAUGUCGGUGGCUUCGACCAUGUCAAUGCAAGCCUCCAUGUCAACGAUGGUGGCCCCGCAUCUGAUAUCUCCUCAGUAUCUGCAACAGCAGAUGUAA